CUCAGCCCCCGCCCCGGGCCCACGCUGCGCCCCCUGGGUACUGUAGUUUUGGGCGGCGCGGCGGAGCAUGCCUUCCCCAUCCUUAAAAUCCCCCCGAAGAAAAUUUUCCAGCAUUGUUGCCUUCCUGAUCCUUGGGACACACUGGAGGUGGAGAAAAGAGUGGGACCCAUAACAAGGCUUCAGUAGCAAGGACCAGCACAAGCCAACUGUGAAACACUGACUAAUGGCUGAUCGAGUGCUUGUGAUCGGCAGUGGAGGGAGAGAGCAUGCGUUGGCCUGGAAGCUGGCUCAGUCCCCACAUGUAAAGCAAGUGUUUGUUGCUCCUGGAAAUGCAGGGACAGCCAACAAUGGAAAAAUUUCAAAUUCAGCUGUCUCAGUCAGCAAUCAUGCUGCACUUGCUCAGUUCUGCAGAGAUCAGGAGAUCAGGCUGGUUGUGGUUGGUCCAGAGGUUCCUCUUGCUGCUGGAAUUGUUGAUGACUUGACAGCAGCUGGAGUAAGAUGCUUUGGUCCCACGGCAAAGGCAGCUCAGCUGGAGUCCAGUAAGAGCUUUACCAAAUCCUUCUUGGAUCGUCAUGGAAUCCCAACUGCAAGGUGGAAGUCUUUUACUGAUCCAAAAGCAGCAUGUAGCUUCAUUAACAGUGCAAACUUCCCUGCUUUAGUUGUAAAAGCCAGUGGCCUGGCAGCUGGCAAAGGAGUAAUUGUGGCAUCAAGCAAAGAAGAAGCAUGUAAAGCUGUUAAUGAAAUCAUGCAGGAUAAGACUUUUGGCACAGCUGGGGAAACUGUUGUUAUUGAAGAACUUCUUGAGGGAGAAGAAGUUUCUUGCUUAUGUUUCACUGAUGGUGUAACAAUUGCCCCCAUGCCCCCAGCCCAAGACCACAAGAGGUUAAAGGAUGGAGAUGAAGGCCCUAAUACUGGAGGGAUGGGAGCUUAUUCUCCAGCCCCUCAGAUUUCUAAGGAUUUACUGCUCAAAAUAAGAGAAACUGUUCUUCAGAAGGCUGUUGAUGGCAUGAGGAAAGAAGGUGUCCCCUAUCUUGGAGUGCUUUAUGCUGGGUUAAUGCUUACUAAAGAUGGGCCUAAAGUUCUCGAGUUUAACUGCAGAUUUGGUGACCCAGAAUGUCAGGUAAUUCUUCCACUGUUGAAAAGUGACUUAUACGAAGUUAUGCAAGCAGUUAUCAAUAAAAAGUUGGCUAGUUCCAUGCCUGUCUGGUUUGAAGACAGUGCAGCUGUGACUGUGGUCAUGGCUAGUGAAGGGUAUCCAGGAACAUAUCCGAAGGGUUUGGAAAUAACAGGACUUUCUAAGGCUAAAGAACUAGGAGUGGAGGUGUUCCACGCAGGUACAGCCCUGAAGGAUGGCAAAGUGGUGACUAAUGGAGGAAGAGUCCUUACAGUAACUGCUAUUAAAGAAGAUCUAAUGACAGCACUGCAAGAAGCCAACAAGGGAGUAGCAGCCAUAAACUUCAAGGGUUGCAUUUAUAGGAAGGACAUUGGUUAUCGGGCUAUAGCUUUCCUGAGUCAAUCCAGAGGCCUGACUUACAAAAACAGUGGGGUAGACAUCGCAGCAGGGAAUAUUUUGGUUCAGAAAAUUAAACCUCUAGCAGCAGCCACAUCCAGAUCAGGCUGCAAUGCAGAGCUUGGAGGAUUUGCUGGCCUCUUUGAUUUGAAAGCAGCUGGUUACAAAGAUCCUGUCUUGGUAUCUGGAACUGAUGGUGUUGGCACAAAACUCAAGAUUGCACAAGUGUGUAAGAAACAUGACACUAUAGGUCAAGACCUGGUUGCUAUGUGUGUCAAUGACAUCCUGGCUCAAGGAGCAGAGCCCCUCUUCUUCCUUGACUAUUUUGCCUGUGGUAAACUUGAUGUUGAAGUGGCCCAGGGUGUCAUUGCAGGAAUAGCUGAAGCAUGCCAAAAGGCAGGAUGUGCUCUUUUGGGAGGAGAAACUGCCGAAAUGCCAGGUAUGUAUCCACCCGGAGAGUAUGACCUGGCUGGCUUUGCUGUUGGUGCAGUAGAGCGAGGGCAAAUGCUACCCCAGUUAGAGAGAAUCGCUGAUGGAGAUGUGGUUAUUGGAGUCGCUUCUUCUGGAGUUCACAGCAAUGGGUACAGCCUUGUAAGGAGGAUUGUUGAGAAGUCAUCUCUGGAUUUCUCUUCUCGAGUUGGCGUCUCUGGUGAUCAGACAUUAGGAGAUCUGUUGUUAACCCCAACUAAGAUCUACAGUAAAACUCUGCUGCCUGUCCUUCGCUCAGGCCACGUUAAAGCUUAUGCACACAUCACUGGGGGAGGCUUGCUGGAAAACAUCCCCAGAGUUCUCCCAGACUCCUUUGGUGUCGUUUUAGAUGCUCUUAGCUGGAAGAUUCCUGAAAUCUUCUGUUGGCUCCAUAAAGAAGGCAAUCUCUCCGAGGAGGAAAUGGCUCGGACAUUUAAUUGUGGGAUUGGUGCAGUUUUGGUCGUUCAGAAGGAGCUGGCUCAGCAGGUGCUCAAGGAUGUGCAGAAACAUGAGGCCGCCUGGCUGAUUGGGAAAGUUGUCCCACUACAAAAAGGCUCUGCCCAUGUUAAAGUCCAUAACUUGCUUCAAGCCUUGCAAGCAAAUAGGUCACUGUCUGUGCACAGCCAUAUCCAAGGCAAAAUCCAAACAAACAAAGUGAAGGUUGCUGUCCUUAUCUCUGGAACAGGCACAAACCUGGAAGCCCUCAUAAAUAGCACAAAGAAGCCCACCAGUUUUGCAGAAAUAGUUCUUGUUGUUUCUAACAAAGCUGGUGUGGAGGGGCUAAGGAAAGCUGAAAGAGCUGGUAUUCCUACAAGGGUUAUUGACCAUAAACUGUAUGGAAGUCGCAGUGAAUUUGACAGUGCAGUUGACAGAGUCCUUGAAGAAUUCUCAGUUGAGCUGAUCUGCCUUGCUGGAUUUAUGCGAAUACUGUCAGGUCCUUUUGUCAAGAAAUGGGAAGGAAAAAUACUGAAUAUCCACCCAUCCCUACUGCCUUCUUUUAAGGGAGCAAAUGCCCACAAAUUGGUGCUGGAAGCUGGAGUGCGAGUAACAGGCUGUACUGUGCACUUUGUGGCUGAGGAGGUGGACGCUGGAGCAAUCAUUUUCCAAGAGGCAGUUCCAGUGAAGAUUGGUGACACAGUGGAGACCCUGUCCGAGCGGGUGAAGGAGGCUGAACACCGGGCUUUCCCUGCUGCCCUGCAGCUUGUUGCCAGCGGGGCCGUGCAGGUGGGCGAAGCUGGCAAGAUCUGCUGGAAGUAGAACCUUGGAUGUGACAGCUGAGAAGCGUCCAUUAAUCAAAAUGGAGGUCACAGUUGAAAAACACACACGCUGUAUUCUCUUCACAAAGCGGCCCAGAUUCUGUCCGUAUCCAUUGACUUCAAAUACUGAACCAGCUCUCAGUCUGAUACCAAAUAGAAUUAAACUUCUGCUGACCAUUUGCCGUCAGGGCUUCCCCCAUCAAUCCAUAUGUGAAUUCCUCUCAGAGAUCUGUUCAGAGCUGAAAGAGCAGAGUCUGCUUUGUCCUGAGCAGAAAGGGAAUUAUAAAACUGCAUUCUCUGCUUGUGAGACAUUCUUUAAGCUUCUGCUGAAGUGCCUGUAUUCUGGGAAUGGUAUUUUCACCUAAAACAACACUGAUGCAUACCCAGGAAAUGUUAUAUCUGAAAACAAUAAAGUCUUUUUCACAGUUCAAUUAUUGUGAAAAAGCACUCAGUUUUCUUUUUAAAUUUUUAGUAUAGCUGUGAAAAUGUUUUAAUUUUUUUUACUAAAACUAUCAGUUUUCUUCCAUGUAAACCAGAAGCAUCUGCUUGAAGCUCCUUGUCUAUGUUUUAGAACUACUCUCAGAAAACAAGUUUCUAUUCUGUGUCCUAAUCUCCGGUUGGAUUUGAAAUAAAACUCUAAUAAUGUUAACCA